AUGCCAGCUUCAGAAGUCACACACACAAAAUCGCCCGGGGGUGGAAAUUCCAAGACUCCGUCCUGCGUGGUCUGUAACAGACGCAAAGUCAAAUGCGACCGCCAGAAUCCUUGUUCUGCGUGCACCAAGAACGGAGUCGAGUGCAUAUAUCGAGCACAUUUGCCUCCACGACGACGGAAGAGACAGCGCUCCGAUGCAGUACGGAGCCCAGCCCAUCGGCAUCGCCCCAAUCCUUCCAGGCAAGAUCCAGGCUCUGCUGGGCCCGGUGGCCGACAUGGACCGCUCUCGCCAACCGCCACGUCUAAUGCAUCUCUCGCGCCUACUACGAAUGAGUCGGGUGUGUUGAUUGCAGGAGGAGGAAAGUCGGUCUAUGUUGAUGGGAAUAUGUGGUCAAGUAUUCGGACGGAGCUGCCUCCUGCGGAUGAUGUAUUAGGUGAUGCCUCAGUUUAUAGCGACUCCAGCACGUCUUUGCAGGGGCUAGAUGAUGAGUCUUCUCUUAUCUUGGGUGGAAAGACAAAGACACGAGUCACCAGCUUACAUCCUGGCGCUUUGCAUAUCUUCAUGCUAUGGCAGGUCUUCCUGGAAAACGUGAACCCUUUGAUCAAGAUUCUGCAUGGCCCUACCGUUCAGCAGCAGCUUAUCAACAUCUCAGGAGACUUGAGCACUGUACCGAAAGGCCUGGAAGCGCUUAUGUUCUCUAUCUACUGUAUUUCCCUAAUUUCGAUGACCUCAGAAGAGGUACAGAAAGCUUUCGGCGAGAGCAAGACCAUUCUUUUGUCUAGAUUCCGCCGUGGGGCCCGACUUGCUCUGUCGAAUGCGGGCAUUCUACGCACGUCGGAAAUUGUGGUCCUCCAGGCGUUUCUGUUGUAUCUGCUCUCGAUGCGCGGUUUUUCCGAUCCACACUCGAUCUGGUGUUUGUGCGGUGUUGCUAUCCGGUUGGCGCAACGGAUCGGGCUGCAUCGCGAUGGUUCGCAUUACGGCCUCUCGAUUUUUGAGACCGAAAUGCGUCGACGACUCUGGCUUCAACUAAGCAUAUUGGACGCCACAACGGCUCAACAGACAGGGGUUUCUGCCCAGGUAUCCGUGAUGGAUGCGGAUGUGCAGCGUCCAGCGAAUGUCAAUGAUUGCGAUCUCGAUCCUCGGAUGACGGACAAACCUCGCGAACACACUGGAGCCACCGAAAUGAUCUUCUGCCUGGCACGUUGUGAGUUUGGCGAUUGGAUUACUCGGUGGUCCAAAUCUUCAACCGUCCUCCAAGCGAGCCAGCGCUUCCUGAGUAGCCCUACCAUAUCGCUCGCGGAGAAGGAUCGAGCAAUCGAUGAGCUUUGCCAGAUAUUUGAUACGAAUUAUCUCAAGUAUUGCGAUAACUCGAUUCCGCUUCACCAGAUGACGAUCAUUGUGAUUCAUUCCGUCACCUCUCUACUACGAUUUACUGCGCACCAUCCUCGGCAAUAUGCCAAUCAUGAUAGUUAUGAACCAUCAGCGGAACGAGACAAGAUAUUCUCGAUAUGCUUGCGUGUGGCUGAGGGCUGUGAUCUUGUUCAAACGAGCGGUAUCACCCAGCGAUACAGGUGGCAUGUACAGAACCAUAUUCCCUGGACACCGCUGGUCCACAUACUCUACGAGUUGCGACACCGUGUUGACGAAGAAGAAUCGCGCAAGGCAUGGCUCUUGAUUGAUCGCAUCUGCAGCCAACAUUUUCACGAUCUGAAAGGCCGACAGAGGACGGCUUUCAGUGUGGCUUUGCAGAACCUGAUUUUGAAGUCUUGGAAUGCGCAUACAGCGGAGCGAGCUCGUUGCAAUCGGCCUCCCUUGUCGUGCCCUGCUAUAGUUUCGGAACUCGAUUCCAUGCGGGGCAAGCAAUCUUCUGGCGACAUCGCAUUGAAUACUCACGGAGAGGCUCCAAUGGGCGCUAGCACCCAUGGUCAGAAUCAGCUCGACGCCGCAGUCUUCCCUCAUGAGCUUGGGACCCUUGAUGUGGAUCAGGCUAGCAAGUUUAGCCCGCUGGACUGGAAUCAGUGGGAUCGACUGAUUGAAGAUUUUCAGUACCAGUACACCGAUGAUGGCGAGCCCCACCUCAACAUGUACGGAUAA